CGUGUUUCGUGUGUUGACCUUGAUGAGUGUAAUAUACCAGGCACCAGCAGUCAGCAAUGUCGGAAUACCUGGGGCUCCUACGAGUGCAUCUGCAACUCUGGUUACCAGCUUGGCACUGACAACAAGUCCUGUUACAUGAUCGACAUGGAGGUCAUUAACUCUUGUCUUGAAAACAACGGUGGUUGCCAGCACAUGUGCCAGCAGGGGCCAGACGGAGCCACUUGCACCUGUCACCCGGGAUACCAGCUACAACCUGAUGGGCGCUCCUGUCAGGAUGCGGACGAGUGUGAGGCUGGAAGCCAUCGGUGCCAACAAGAGUGUGUGAAUAGCGAAGGAGGCUACGCCUGCGCUUGCACACAAGGCUUCACAUUGAGCUCUGACACCUUCACUUGCCUGGAUGUGAAUGAAUGUUCAAUGGAGAACGGUGGAUGUGAGCACGAGUGCCAGAACACGCAAGGCUCCUUCACGUGUUCUUGCCGCAGAGGCUACGUUCUGGUCGACGAAGUCCACUGCGAUAUCUUGGGCGGUAACUACGACGUGGACUACUCUGGCUACAGCAUCCGAGGCGACCAGGACAUGGGUUCGACAGCCACAGAGGACUACUCGACGGUGCUGGACGGCGAGAUGACCAGAAACCGUGACGCGUGGAAUGACGUAACUUACAUAAGAACAUAAGAACAUAAGAAAUAAGGGAAGCUGCAAGAAGCGUCCAGGCUUACACGUGGCAGUCCCUGUACGAAACACACCUACCUAUUUCCAUCUGUUAUCCCCAUCCAUAAACUUGUCUAAUCUUCUCUUAAAGCUCUCUAGUGUCCUAGCACUAACUACAUGAUUAUUGAGUCCGUUCCACUCAUCUACCACUCUAUUUGAGAACCAAUUUUUUCCUAUCUCCUUCCUAAACCUAAAUUUUUCAAGCUUGAACCCUUUAUUUUUUGUUCUACCCUGGUUGCUGAUCCUAAGAAUUUUGCUUACAUCUCCCUUGUUAUAACCCUUAUACCACUUAAAGACUUCUAUCAGGUCCCCUCUUAACCUACGUCUCUCUAGAGAAUGUAAAUUUAACCGCUUCAACCUCGCUUCGUAAGGAAUACUCCUCAUCCCCUGUAUCCUUUUAGUCAUUCUCCUCUGUACUGAUUCUAAUAGACCUAUAUCUUUCCUGUAAUGUGGGGACCAGAACUGCAUAGCAUAGUCUAGAUGAGGUCUGACCAGCGCCAAUUAUAACUUUAAUAUUACUUCCGGCCUUCUACUUUUAACACUCCUAAAAAUGAAUCCUAGUACCCUAUUUGCCUUGUUUCUGGCUUCUAUGCAUUGUUUCCCUAGACGGAGUUCAGAGCUAACUAUAACUCCUAAAUCUUUCUCGUACCCUGUACCUACCAGAUUUUGGGUGUUUAAUGUGUACCUAUUGUGUGGGUUUCCUCUACCUACACUAAGCACUUUGCAUUUAUUGAUAUUAAAUUGCAUUUGCCAUCUAUCCGUCCAUUCAUUCAUUCUAUCUAAGUCUGUCUGCAAGGCGAUGGCAUCCGCUUCUGACCUAAUUAAUCUACCUAUCUUUGUGUCAUCCGCAAAUUUACUAACAUCGCUACUAAUUCCACUAUCCAAGUCAUUGAUAUAUAUUAGAAAUAAUAAUGGCUCUAAUACUGAUCCCUGUGGCACCCCACUAAUGACAUGACCCCACUCGGAUUUCGAGCCGUUUAUUAGCACUCUCUGUCGCCUGUUACCAAGCCAUGACCCUAUCCAACCUAACACCUUCCCAUCUAUCCCGUGCGCCCUAACCUUUCUCAGGAGCCUUUGAUGGGGCACCUUGUUGAAUGCUUUACUAAAGUCCAGAUAUAAGAUAUCAUAACUAUCCCCAUUAUCUACUGCCUCGUACACCUUACUGUAAAAACUUAACAAGUUUGUCAGGCAAGACUUCCCCUUCGUGAAGCCAUGCUGUGACUGAUUUAUCAAGUUAUGUUUGUCUAAAUGUUCCCUAAUGUUCCUGGCUAUUAUUGACUCUAACAUUUUACCUACAACUGAAGUUAAGCUGACAGGUCUAUAAUUAGACACUAAAGUUUUAUUUCCUUUCUUAAAGAUGGGUACUACAUUAGCCUGCCUCCACAUUACUGGUACCUCACCCGACUCCAGUGAUUUCCUAAAAACAGAAACUAACGGCUCACUAAUAAUCUCUUUACAUUCCUUCAGUACUCUGGGAUAUAUUUCAUCAGGUCCUGGUGACUUGAACUUUUUUAGCCUAUCUAUCUCCUGCUCCACUAUCUCCCUAGUUAUGGAAAUAUCCGUCAGCUUCUCAUACUCAUCUGCUGUAAACACCUGUUCACUAUCUGGCAUAUCCUGCAUGUUUUCCUGAGUGAAGACAGUUAAAAAAUAAUCAUUCAGAAGUUUACUAAUCUCCUCCCCAGAACUAACCAGCUCCCCAUCUGCUGCCUUUAAUGGACCUACAGUAUCCUUAUUUUUCGUCCUGUAUACCUGAUAAAAUCCCUUGGGGUCCGUCUUCGCCUGGCUGGCUACCUUUAAUUCAUAAUUGUCCUUAGCUUUCCUCGUUAACUUCCUGACUGUUCUAACUAAUUCAUUAUACUGUAUCCUUAAAACUUCCUCACCUGCUUACGCAGAGUACAGCAAGAUCAUUACCCUCCAGACGCGUAAGUCAAGAAGCGCACAGCGCACACAUUUGCUGUGUCUGCUUGAGUGUGUGAUGUUAAUGUUUGUCAGUAUCACAAUAUCUCAUUAAUUUCAGAAUUAGUAAAACUAAAACGAACACUUCGUGUCAUACUCGCAUUUUCACUGUUUUACGUAAUUCUCUGAUAUCUGUUUAUGUUUCUCCUCAGUUUUUAAAGAUCCGUGCAAAUAUUACUUUAAUUCAUCACAAAACUUUUAAACAUUCGUGCUUACUUAUAAUGACUGACGAAGAGUGGCAGGCGGAAUGAAAUUGAAGGAAUGGAAGACGAGUGAACAUCAAUAUAUUGUUUGAAACGUGUCCCAGUGUCAGCAUGAGAUUCUGUCCUACAGGUUGCGUCCCUGGACAUUUUGUACCUAACUGUUCCCUUAUGUGUAACGACUGUCCCGGGGAAUGCGACUGCUCGGGGUGUGUGUGUCCCCCGGGCAGGACUGGACCCAUCUGCGAACUUGAGUGUCCCUCGGGUUUCUACAGACCCAGCUGUAACGAGGUGUGUCGCUGUGAGAACGGCGGCACAUGUGAUCCCGUGACUGGCAACCGCACGUGUCCACCAAGUGUGUCCGGAGAAUUUUGUGAAGACGGCUGCCCUGCAGAGUGGGGUGUGCGAGUGUAAAGCAGGAUAUGUUGGCAUUGACUGCUCCAAAGAGUGCCCAGAGGGAAAGUGGGGCGCCGGGUGUCUGCAUGAGUGCCAGUGUGCCAAUGGAGCCACGUGUCAUCCCGCUACGGGCGU